UAAAAUUGCCAAGCAAUAAAUGACCAUUGACAAGCUAUAUGCAACUUCAACUUUUAAAUUAUGAUUGAUAAUCCUGUUUUUGAGUUAAAAUUAUCAAGAACUAGCAUCAGAAUGGGAGCAAUAAUCAGUAAUCAGAAAACAAUUCAGUUCUGUAAGAACUAUCAACAGUUGGUAUAUAUCCACAUGACACUUACAGUAGUGUUUUUGUUCAAAGCUGCUGCCUCUUUCUCCAUCAUCAGGACUCUUCCUGGUUUUUCUGGUUCCGUUCCUUUUAAACUUGAAACUGGAUAUAUAGGUGUGGAUGAAAAAGAAGACGUACAGCUUUUCUACUACUUUAUUGAAUCCGAAAGGAAUGCCAGAGAAGAUCCUCUUGUUCUUUGGCUUACUGGUGGCCCUGGUUGCUCUGCUCUCUCUGGACUAGCUUUUGAGAUAGGCCCUUUACUCUUUAACAUGGUUGAGUACAAUGGGAGUUUACCCACUUUGAAGUUGAAUCCUUAUUCAUGGACAAAGGUCUCAAGUGUAAUAUUUUUGGAUGCACCUGUGGGGACUGGAUUCUCAUAUUCAAGGAGCUUCCAAGGUUCCAAGACUGCGGACACUAUCUAUGCUACUCAGACCAGCACUUUUCUGAAGAAGUGGCUGCUUUGUCACCCUCAAUUCAUAAAAAUUCCACUCUAUAUCGCUGGAGACUCGUAUUCUGGCAUUAUAGUUCCAAUCAUUACUAAAGAAUUAUCAGAAGGUAUUGAACUUGGGGAACAACCACAAAUCAAUCUUGAAGGUUAUUUGCUUGGCAAUCCAGGAACAGAUUCGAAAUUCGAUGGCAAUUCUAAAAUCCCAUUUGCUCACCGUAUGGCAAUUAUUUCUGAUGAACUCUACAAGUCUGCCAAAAGGAACUGCAAAGGCGAGUAUGUAAAAGUAAAUCCCAACAAUACAAAAUGUCUCGACGAUCUUGAAGCUAUCUCAAAGUGCACUUCAAGAAUAAAGAAAUCACACAUCUUGGAGCCCCAGUGCAGCACUACCUUCAGAGCAUUAAACAAGAUUUAUGGAGUUAGAAGAUAUCUUCUACAGAACAAUAAAGAUUUCUUACUUCUACCACCUGGUUUUCCCCACUAUGGAUGCAGAGGCUACAAUAGUGUGUUAUGCAACAUCUGGGCCAAUGAUGCCAGCGUACAAAGAGCACUUCAUGCUUGGAAGGGAAAUUUGAGGAAAUGGAUAAGAUGCAAUGAAAGCUUAUACUACAUUCAUGAUGUUCAGAGUACUCUAGGCCACCAUCUAUAUCUCAAUGAGAGAGGUUAUCGAGCUCUAAUUUACAGUGGUGAUCAUGACAUGGUAAUUCCCUACUUAGGAACCCUAUCCUGGAUAAAGGCGUUGAAUAUUUCCAUUCUUGAACAGUGGCAUCCGUGGAUGGUUGAUGGUCAAGUUGCAGGCAUUUUUCAUGCAGAUACUCCAUGGAAUUUUCGAACCAUUUCACAUUUGCAACUGUAAAGGGAGCGGGUCACACGGCUCCAGAGUACAAGCCUAGGGAGUGCUUUGCCAUGUUCAAAAGGUGGAUUUCUGGACAGCAUCUAUGAUAACGAGUUACUAAUUUAAAGAUGAAGACUUAUGUAGUGAACUCAAAUAGAUAAGAACUAAGAAGUUGCCACUAUUUUCUUGGAACCAAAGGAGUGCAAUUCAAAUAUGUAAGCCUUUUGCUUUCCACACCAAUUUGGUUUAGCUGCGGAACUUUUGUGUAACACACCUAGUAUAGGCAAGAAUUUUUCAAAGCGCAUACUCAAUAAAACUUCUCAAAGCACAAAUAUCUUCCUUAA